AUGGACGUCCGAAUCAUCAGCCAAAACGGAACCUGGGAAAAGUCUUUUCUUUGUUAUGAGUUUAGUAACACAUCUUGUCAGAAGUUUGUCUAUCCUUUGGAAACUCGAAUAUUACUCUACAUCCUUUUUAGUGCCUCUUCAGUUGUCACAGUCAUAGGAAACCUGUUGGUGAUCAUAACAGUCAUUCAUUUCAAGCAGCUUCACACACCAACUAACUACCUCAUCCUGUCACUGGCUGUGGCCGAUCUGCUUGUAGGAGGAGUUGUGAUGCCUCCCAGCAUGCUGCGCUCCAUCGAGACGUGCUGGUAUCUGGGAGAUUUGUUCUGUAAAUUACACAGCAGUCUUGAUGUGACUUUGUGCACUACGUCAAUUUUAAACCUCUGUAUCAUUUCUUUAGACAGAUAUUAUGCCAUAUGUCACCCCUUUCAAUAUCACCGUAAAAUGUCGUCACAGGCCACACUAGUUAUGAUUAUUAUCUGCUGGACUGUUUCAGCUGCUCUGGGGUUUGGCAUGAUCUUCAUGGAGCUGAAUAUUCUUGGAAUUGAAGAUUUUUACUAUGAGAACAUUAAAUGUGAUGGAAUAUGCACUCUGUACCUCCACUGCUGUUUGACAUGUUCUAUUGGGUUGGAUAUUAUAAUUCCAUGUGUAAUCCCAUAG